CUAGGCUAUACUAUAAUUUCCCAGGACAGUGUGUGCUUUAGCUGGUGUACUCAUUCAUACAAACCUUGGCGUCAUUCAUAAAGCCAGAGUGUUAGCGUGGGGCAGGGGCUCUCUGUGUAUACUUAGCGGAUUACUGUGUACACAAAGCUUCCACAAAUGGGAAUGGUCACUUUGCGAAAACAUUGGGAUUUAACCCUUUGACUGUUAACCAUAGAGGUGUAAGCUGACCUUCUUGGACACAGAAAAGACUUAUAUCUACUACAGGACCUUGGGCAGUUUUGUUUUUGUUAAAAAAGGCGGAGCAUUGCAGUUAAUGUCACACUGUAGGAAAAGGUGUAAAAAGGAGUUAGCUUGAAUACAGAGGAUCAUGGCCUGUUAGAGGUGUAAAAAGGUAGAGGACUUAACCAGGAGAUCAUUACAGCCCCCUAGGGAUUCAACAGCACAGUUACCUGUAUAGGGACAAUUACUCUUAUAGAAAAGGCACCUGAGUUUUACCUGUGACAUUUGUACAGGUAUGCAAUUGCAAUCAAGGACGUUGUGACAUUCAUCACCAGUGCUGGACAAAUGGACCAUAUAUAUAUCUGAAUGUUGUGGUCAUUGGUGGUCAUUUCUGGUCAGACCUUGCUGGACGUAGACUUCCAACAAUACCUCGGGAGACUUGCCAACUGUAUUAUACAUAUCUUAACACUGAUGUAUUGUUGUAACAAUGCAUGGAAAUUAAUUAGUGCUAAUUAAUAUGAGUGUCGGCAUUGUGUAACAUAGAUGUGUUGCAUCGGUGCAGAUAAGUAUAGCUGAAUUGAAUCAUACCAGCUUUCCUGGUUUGUCAGCUGACGACCAGAGACUCGAAAACAGAUACAACUUCAGUGUGCAGGGAUUUCAAAUGCUAUUUGACAGAGACUUAAAACACUUAAGUGCCAGCCGUACCAAAUUACUACUACGGUAGAGUCAGCAAGCCAACAUAAUUAGCAACAGAAAAAAUGGACGGAGCUACCAAUGCAGAAGUAUAGUGAUUUAUGUGGUAGAAUACGUUGAUCCGAAUUACUGUUAGCAACUGCUGCUUUGGUCAACUUGACUUAUGUAAACAAGAAACGCUAAGAAGUUUUAUAUAAAAAGACUAUUUGGGAAAAAUUCCAGCAAAUCUUAAAUAAUGAUCACUCCCACUGUUGAGCGCCAUGGUCAUGGAAAAAGAAGAGCACCAGUAUUUCUCCUUCCAUCCUGGCAUACUCACGGACGCCAGGUCUCCUCUAACAAGACUGAAGACAUUCCUCAAACACCCCAGGUUCCGCCACUCACACCUGGAUCCAACCAGAAGGUUUCGCAGGCCUUCCUCGAGUGCUUUAAGAGCUUUGAUAUAGACAUGCAGAAAUACAAUAUUCCAAAAGAUCCCCUCCAGUGGAGUGAGAUCCAAGUUGUACAGUGGCUGCAGUGGGCGGUCAAGGAGUUCAAUGUCCAAGGGAUCAGCAUGGGAAACUUCGCCAUCAACGGUCAACAGAUGAUCAAGAACGGCAAGGACGAGUUCCUGAAGUUAGCUCCACCUUACAUGGGGGACAUCCUUUGGGAACACUUACAGGAGCUUCAGAAAGAGGUUGCCCAAGAGAGGGCGUCACUGUGCAAUGUCCCGCCCAAUUAUAGUGAACCUGUUUGCAUGCCCGACUUUGGUGAACACUUCCUUCAACAAGGCUAUAAUAGGAGUGAGAGUAAGAUUCCAACCUCUCAGCCACCUACCAGCCAGGGUUAUAUGGAAAGUAAAUGUACAUACGGCCAAAUUAGCGAGUCUAUGCAGGCAUUGAAUGACAUCAACAGUGAUAACAUUGUCAACGGCAACAGUUUCGACGAUUCCUCAGACUACCAGCGACUGGAACACAAUAGUUAUUACGACCACAGCCCUGAAUUCUAUCCCAUAAUUCCAGAACAGAAAUACCGCCCAAAUAUUCCUCCUCCAGAGAACCUUUGUCGAAAUCAGUACAUUCGACAGGACAGCCUUCCCCACGACAAUUACUACGACCAACAGACGUUCCACACAGUACCCACCAUCAAGCAGGAGUGCCCCUGGUCACCGCAGGACUGUGCCGGUCAAGACUGUAACGAGAGCUGGCAGUCUGCUGACCUUCGGUCAAGUUUGUCCAGUGGGUACCGGUCACUACAGUCGUCCCCGACGAACGUCUACUGUGACGGGAAACCCAUGAUUCAGGCCGCGGCACUGGCCGGCUACUCUGGGAGUGGUCCUAUCCAGCUAUGGCAGUUUUUACUGGAGUUACUGACAGACAAGACCUGCGAACACUUCAUCAGCUGGACAGGAGAUGGAUGGGAAUUCAAGCUGUCCGACCCCGACGAGGUAGCCAGGCGAUGGGGAAUCCGUAAAAACAAGCCAAAAAUGAACUAUGAGAAACUAAGUCGAGGGUUGAGGUAUUACUACGAUAAACACAUCAUCCACAAGACCGCAGGAAAACGCUACGUCUACCGAUUUGUUUGUGAUCUGCAGAGUCUCCUCGGAUACACCCCAGAGGAACUGUUCGAGGCCUGUGAUAUCAAGCCUCAGGCAGACAAGGAUGACGAGUGAGCUAGUCAAAGUUAUCAAGAGGCUUUGAAUUGAAAUUGUUCCCAAAACGGUCUACUGCUUUAUCAGUGACCUGUCUAAUGGCCAAGGUCAAAGGUCAGAGGUUAAGGCAGUUUACAAGCCUUUCUGUGAUUGGUCAGCUCAAUGACCUGUGUGACACACGUCGGACCUGUUUGUUCCUGUGAUGGACUAAGGAAAGAAGGGAAAGUAAUCCUUUGGAAAUGCAAACUGAAGCAAGAACUGUAUGGCAUUUUACAUGAUUAAAGUAAAUGCUCUCUGAAUACUGUUCACGUAAGUGAGCAGAGCUUUAAAGAGAAGGGACAGGAACAUUUAAGACCUUGUAAAGCAGACCAGCUAUAGCUGGACUGUUGGAGGAAGAGACUGGCCUCUAUUUCGAGGUGUUUUAGAACAGCAAUAAGUCCGGAUGUAUUUUUCCUGAACGCUUUUGUUUUGUACGAUCUAUUUCGAAUGAGAAAGACACUGAUUGUUUUGUGAUGAACAGACGAAGUUUGCAAAUGAAUGCAGGAGGAAGUGCAGAGGGAAGAAAUAAAUUGCCCAAGUCAAGACAGAUAUGUUUCCUAGAGAAUGAUCUCACAAUUGAGGAGGAGCAAUCCUUCUCGGUAAAAUUGUUUCUUUAAAAUGAAACAAAAAAUUAUUUAAUAAUUCUCAUCCUAUGUGUUAUGUUAGGAUGGUGAGUUUAGAAGCUUAUGUUUCCUUCACUGUCGAGUAAAGACUUAUUGUUGUACUUUGUGUUGUUAUCAAAGUGAAUUAAAUGUGAUUUAUCCCUUGGGGAGCCUCACUAGACUCUCCCAUCAUGCAUCACUGCAGCUAUUUCAGAUAUGAAGUAUCUGUUAAUCUUGUUACAUUAAAUGUUUAAAUUUAUAUAUAUCAAAGUCAUAUUUUCAAUAUUUUAAUACUAUUGUUGAUAUGCUUUUCAGUUGGAUUAAAAACUGAAAGAUUAGAUUUUAAAAAUCUGCCUUUUAUUUGUUAAAAACAGUUAUGUUGCAAUAUGUAUGGUGCCUUGCUUAUCCCCCCCUUCCCACCUUAUGACAUUUGGCCUUUUACUGUCUUGAACAUCAACUCCACAUAAACAGUGCUCGAAGAAAUAUUCUUGCUCUAACAAAGUAAUAAAAUUCAGAACAUUACUUUCGAAAAAAGGUAAAAAAAAUGACUUGUGUGUAUAUGCAAAUUGAUUGCAUAAAUUAACAGCAAAGCAUGCGUAUACUAAAGAAAAAUAUAAAAAUAAAAAUAGAAUGAACAGAAUCCUUAUUUAAGUGAUUUUUUUUCUCCAUAUUCAUGAGAAACUAGUUAAAUUUGAAUUAGCAAGGAUGUGUCUGACAUAUAUUUUAUAUCAUGAUAUUCAUAGAAGUUGUUAAAUUAUGCUCUUCUUGCAUCAAUAAUUGUCACAUUUUUGAUACCAGGCAAUAUGUAUAAUAUCUUAGCAAUGUUCUCGAUAUUUCAGAGAUUAAAAUCAAAAUCCAUUGCCAAAUCAUUACCAUGUUUUUUCAUUGAUCAGCAUCAAUGUUAAAUCCCACCGUUUCUUGUUAUCCGAAAAAGUGCAUUAUAACUCAUUUUUAUUUUUUAUUUUACAUGUUUUUCUAAAAGAAAUUUAAAGCCCAUGUCUUGCAGUAUAAAUUAAUAAAGUUCUGAUAGCCAGCUUUAGAUUGUCUGGAUUUCUGUUUUUCACAAAAUGUUUUUCAAGAAUAUAUAUUAGCUAUUUUAGAUAUUAACAUUUCAGGCAGUUUUGUCAUCGUGAAGAAUUAACACAUCACAGCACAGCUGUUUCUCCUGAUAGUUUUUCACAAGUCACAAGAAAUUUGAUAAACAUUAUAUGAAAAUCAAGAAUCCGUGUGAUAAAUAAACACUUGUAACAUUACAGUUUUCUUAGUGACGCAGAGUUUACCUAGAAACGGUGACAUUCAAUCACGGAGUUUAUCCUGGAAGAUGUAUCUAGAUGGAACAUCAAAUUUUAUCUAGACGUUCAGUUUUGA